UCUGACUCCCCAGGACGUGUCUGUGCUCCUGUGUGCGACCAGGGUUGACGUGACUCCUGCCAGCAUGUCUUGCCAGCAAAACCAGCAGCAGUGCCAGCCCCCUCCCAAGUGUCCUCCCAAGUGCACCCCAAAAUGUCCACCUAAGUGUCCCCCCAAAUGCCCACCCCAGUGCCCAGCCCCAUGCCCACCUCCAGUCUCCUCCUGCUGUGGUCCCAGCUCUGGGGGCUGCUGUGGCUCCAGCUCUGGGGGCUGCUGCAGCUCUGGGGGUGGUGGCUGCUGCCUGAGCCACCACAGGCCCCAUCUCUUCCACCGGCGCCGGCACCAGAGCUCUGACUGCUGUGAGAGUGAACCCUCCGGGGGCUCUGGCUGCUGCCACAGCUCUGGGGGCUGCUGCUGACCUGGGCUACAGAGGAGCUCUUGGGACUGAAUGGUGAAGAUCCUGCUACAGCCUGAUGCUUAACUCUUUCCACUGGCUCUCAUUCCAUUCCUGGGUCGACUGGGACCACAAAGACUCACGGGGCUUCCCUGGAAGAACUUCGUGCUCGGUGGAGCAGCCCAAAUGCAUGGCUUCCUUUCCUCCUUUACCUCGUGUGAUAAUAAAGCUCUGAUUUCUGAUUCACAAA